GAGCCUGCAAUCACGGUCGUCAUUUCUACCAGCUCCUUCUGGUGUCUCUCUGUCUGCACAACAGCCCGAAAUGGUGAGGCCCCUGGCCUUCCAUCUGCUGCUCCUCCCUGUCUACCUCACCUUGGUCCAGCUGCUCACACCCUCAUCAGCUGAGUUUGCUGUGAUUGGACCCCCUGAGCCCAUCCUGGCCGUGGUGGGUGAAGUUGCUGAGCUGCCCUGUCACCUGUUCCCAAAGAUGAGUGCUGAGACCAUGGAGCUGAUGUGGCUGCGGCCAGGCCUCAGGCAGGUGGUGCGUGCAUAUGCACAUGGCAUCGAAGAAACAGAGAUAGCAGAGUAUCGAGGGAGAACGUCAGUUUUAAGAGAGGACAUCACUGAGGGGAAGGCUGUCCUGCGGAUUCACAAGGUCAGAGCAUCUGACAGUGGAACCUACCAGUGUUAUUUCCAAGAUGAUGAUUUCCUUGCAAAAGCCCAGGUGGAGCUGAAGGUUGCAGGCUUUCUCUCCGCAGGCCCCUUCUUCUCCAGUGCACAUCCCUGGCAGGUGGCCGUGGGGGUGACCCUUCUGUCUCUGCUGGGGCUCCUGGCAGGGGUGGUGAUCUUAUGGUGGCUACAACAGAAGAGAAUCCGGGCCUUAAGCCAGGAAUCGGAGAGGCAGCGAGCUGAGAAAGAAGCAGCAUUGGCUCGGGAGCAGGGGGAGCGAUGCGUCAAAGAGAAGCUUCAGGAGGAGCUCAGGUGGAGGAAGCAGCAGUACCUGGCACGUGACAGGUCUCAGGCCUAUGCUGAGUGGAAGAUGGCCCUUUACCAACCUGCGGACGUGAUUCUGGAUCCGGACACCGCGCACCCCAACCUCCUCAUUUCUGAGGACCAGAGGAGCUUGCAGUUCGUAUACACAUGGCAGAGCCUGCCAGACAACCCCAGGAGAUUUCAAGAUCGUUUCUGUGUGCUGGGCCGUGAGUGCUUCACUUCAGGCAGACACUUCUGGGAGGUGGAGGUGGGGGACAGGAAAGUGUGGCAAAUCGGGGUGUGUAGGGUGGACAUGGAGGUAAAACUUGUUAAAAUAGCACCCCAGAAUGGAUUCUGGACAAUAGCACGGUUGGAGGUGCAUGACUUCCAGGCUCAAACCGAUCCCUGGAGCAAACUCACAAUUGUCAAACCUCCUAAAAGAGUGGGGGUUUUCCUGGACUAUGAGAGCGGGGAGGUCUUGUUCUAUGAUGCCAUCGAUGGACUGCACAUCUUCACCUUCCCACAGGGUUCCUUCUCUGGGGCUUUGUGGCCUUUUUUCAGGAUUUUCUCACAGGAGCCCACUGCCUUGACCAUUUGCCCAGCACUAAAAGGAGUGGGGAAUUCCCUUCUGCCUGACCCACUGCCUGACCCUUCCCUGGAGAUCCCAGUGGCCCCAGGCUCAGCUAACAGCAUUGAGGACCCUCAGGUGGAAGUAAGGUCUUUGCUUCCCCCUGCCCAGCCCUGAGCUGGGGACCUGCUUAACAGCAAAACCUCACAGCAGGAACAUACUUACUAAAAACUCACUGAGAGAAGCACUUUACUAGUUAUCUUUUAACUUUUCCACAUGACAGAUAAGGAGACCAGGGUGCAGGAAUUUUAUUAACUUUCCA